UCUUUAUGCGCAUGCGCGCUCCGGAAAAAUGAGCCGUUUUGGGUUCUAUUUUAUUUUUCUCUUCUUAUUAUAUAAAAGUCCGAGUUUGAUGUUGUUCUUGUGCUUCGCCAUUUAUGUUUACAUUCAUUACAGAACAAGAUAAGAAAAAACUAAAACAAAAAAAACAACAUGAUUGUGGAGGAAUUUGACCUAAAUAGAUAACAGCUUUCGGAUUUUUGUGUUUUCCUCUCAGCGGUCAUGAGUUUACAAACACGUCACGAGCUCUGUCGUCCUUGUCACCGCGGCGCUGCGUGGCGUCACUCUGCGGUGAUGGACUGUGCUGUUCCAGUUUCGGAGGUCGACUCAGAGAGCAUCGCUAAAACGCCGGACAGGCCGGCGUCCCGGUUACGUUACCGAGCUGCGAUAAGACGCACGACACGCCUGAUAAGAGGCUGAUAUAAACACAGAGAUGUGUCCGGAAAACAACCUGCAUCAUCCGACGAGCACAGGGAAGGACUCCACAAACACAGCUGUUUCUCUCUGACGACACCUAGCAAUUUGAACCAAUGGGCCUCUCACUGUCAGUCUGGCUGUACAGCAGCAGGGCAGAUGACAGCCCUCCCUCCUCUUCAUCAGGGUUCACUCCACUGGCUGUCCCGACCUGCUCUCGCCUCGCUGUCACUCUGAACUCCUCUCCGGUUGCUCCGGGAGAUGGUCGCUCUCAGUGGAGCUCGGUCCACCACUCUCCUCACUUUCUGCUGUCAGCCUGCAAACAGGAAGUGACGCGUUCACCUGUUGAGCGGAGCAGCGAUGGGGUGAGGGCGGAGAUGGGGGUGAAGAGCGGACUUCAUGUCUGGGAGGUGCUGUGGAAGCCCGAACACAGGGGGAGUCAUGCCGUUCUGGGCAUUUCUAGGCAGAAUUGCCCUCUUCAGGCCUCGGGGUACAAUGUGCUGGUGGGGAGAGACUCACACUCAUGGGGCUGGGAACUCAAAACCAAUCAGCUCUGGCAUGCGGGACAGAGUCUUGGACUUUACCCAGAAAAGAAAAAAUGUCACGAAGAUUUGAGGUCACAGUCCUCCACUUCACCAGACACUAAGAUGGCACAGACACCGCUUCCCAUCCCUGAGCGCGUCCUGCUGGUCCUGGAUGCUGACGCAGGAACUCUGGGAUUUAUUGUUGAUGGCAGCUUCCUCGGUGUGGGUUUUGAAGACCUCCCUCGUGGAGUGGAGCUGUUCCCUGCAGUGAGCAGUGUGAGAGGAGGUGCCAGCAUACGUUUGCGCUACCUGAACGGUGCCACCCGUGAUCCCCCAGCCCUGAUGGCUUUAAGUGGACUGUCAAUUCGUCAUCAUUUAGGGCAACAAAGGCUGAAUCAAAUGCACAAACUGCCUCUACCCACCCGUCUCCAGCACUACUUGCUUUCUAGUCAAUAAUGUACAUUUAAACAUGUACAUGCAUUCACGCAAUAGGAAACAUGUCAAGCAUGGAAGUGCACCAAGAGCUGCACCACCUUUUUAAGUGAAAAUGUAUGUAAUUAUCAUUUGUUUUAUUUAUUGAAAUGCAAUAUAUACAUUGUUUAAUCAUAAUAUUUAUGUUGUUUCGACAGUGAACUGAGAGGAAAGAUUUUUGGGAUGUGGUUUUCAAAAUGGGAGUGUUUCUUUAGCUUCAGCUCUUUAGUUCUUUGUGUACAGAAUAAAUUACUCUCACUUGAAUUUGACCUUGUAUAUAUGCUUUUAUUUUUACAGUUUUAACCAUUUUUCAUAUGUUGGAAGAAAAGAGAAUAAGAGGAUUUUGGUACAGUGUUGUUGUUUGGUGGUGUGGAGGCCUCCACUUUAGAAGAAAUAAAUCACAUUCAGUAAAGAGGGUCAGUCCCAAGGUUCCCCUAAAACAUUAAUGAUGCCUUUAACUGCAUAAUAUAGUUGCUUAUACUCAUUAAUAUAUCCUAAGCGAAACUCUGAGUGAGUUAAUCCAUUGCUCAAUUAUAACAAACUGCCAAAAUUCAUUUUUCAACUUCAAAUGAGCAUCUGUUAGGUUAGAUUAGAAGGAAAGAUGACUCAGGCUGUUGGCUGCUAGCUCAGCUGCUACAGUGCCAAAUUCUUUGAAAUUUGAAUUGAAACAUAAUCAUAUUUUCCCCAGUGGUUUGACUUUAGAAGGUGAGAAGCACACACUCAUUCUACCACUGAUGGAAAAUAUUUUCAGAGUUGCAAUAUCAUAAUGUAAAGAUAAAACCUUUAAACAAUUCCUGAUGUGCUGGUAAGUUAAAUUUGAGGGAUUUGAGGUAUUUGCCCUUUGAGUAUUUUUAAUAUUUUCAAUUUAAAAAUUCUAAAAUAUGGUAUGCUAUUAUAGAUUUAAAGUAACAGUGUAAAAUGGUUCAAAUUUGCUCCUAUUUAACCAGCUUCAAUAUGAAACUAUUGUAAUUGUUUGCAUAAUGACUAUACAUUUUAUUCUCACUUGCCAUAAUUUGACAGGCCUGCUUCUGUACUUUUUGAUAAGAUUUUGGACACAGGAUGUGUACUUGUAAUUGAGUAUUGUGGUGUGUUUCAAGCAAGCAACAUUUUAUUCUUUUUUGGGGGAUCAGAUAUUUAAAUGUGAAAACUGAAGUAAGUUAUUUGAAAUACUGCUCCCACUGAGUGUGUUUGAAAAUAGCAGAAGUAGAUCUUUUUAUUCUCUUUCUCUUUCUUUCUUUCUUUCUUUCUUUCUUUCUUUCUUUCUUUCUUUCUUUCUUUCUUUCUUUCUUUUAUUUGUUUAACAGACAUCAGACUCAGCCCACCUCCUGAAUCCAUAUCAUUUUUGCACUGUCCCUCAUGGAGUCAGAAGUUGCCUAAUACCUCUCUGAAAAGUAGAGUGACAAUUAUUAGUCCACUGAUUUGUUCACUUUAAUAAAAGAAAUUAUGAUUUUGGGGGUGUCUGUUGUUC